UAUGUAUGCGUGUGUAUGUGUGUGUGUGUCACCUGUUUGGCUUCCCUGCCUUGGCACUUGGCUGGGUGUGCGUGAGCUUGGCGCGUUCGCUGCUUGACCCGCUCCAAAAUGCCAUAUGUAAGUUUUUUAGGUGAGCGCAAAGCGUCGAAGCUGAGAGUUCUGGGGAGGGGAAGAACGCCUGUAAACUGACCCGCAACUUUCCAGUCACAUCACUUAACUGCACGCUGCUUUUUGUUUUAGCAGCCUUCGUCACGGAUCGAGGCAAGUUUGCGUGCGCAAUUAGGCUUGCACACUGCUAAUCUCACACAGGGCUUGCCUCCCAGCUCCCAGCUGGGCAUGGUUACCUUGAGAGCUGAGGUGUCAGCACUGUCGGAGCAUGCUCCGGCGGGGAGACCGGGUGUGUGCUAUUUUUAAUACUAUUUAUUGAAGAUGCUUCUCACUCUGCGAUAUACCGAGCAUAAUGGAAGAGCAGAGCGAUGAUUGGUUAUGGAUACUGGAAAAGGAGAAAUGCAAAGGUUGACGAUGAUCCAUCAAACUCUCUGAAGAAGCAGCAUGGAGAUUGGCAUGCUGAACUGCUAAUGGGGACAUGGGACUCAAGUUGUCGUUGAUCAUUUGUGUGGACUUAACUAGCGAAGAGCAACAGAAGACGCUAGGAAGACAGUGGGAAUUAUAGCAGUUUUUCAGGUCACCAAAUCUUGUUAUUUUAAUUUCUGUCUGGAAGAAUGUCUGAGCAAGGUAAAUUGAACCAGGAGACAGCGGAGGAAGCUGCGAAAGAGCAGGAGUCUGCCAUCUCAGAAGCGACCCCAGACAACUGUAUCCUUAAUAAAUCUGAAAGCUCAGAACAAGAGGAGAAAGAGGAAAAACUGAGCGAUGGCAAGACAGAGCUGCAGGUGUUACUGCCAACAAAAAGUUGUUUUGCAAAGCCUAAGAAGAAACGAGGUGCAAACCAGCAGAAAAAGAGAUCUAAGUCAGGAGCUAAGGGAAAGCUGGUCCGGAGUCUUGCUGUGUGUGAGGAGUCAUCCCCUCGCCCAGGAGCGGAAACCCUUCACGACAAUCAGGAAUCAAUACAACUACAGCUUUCAAGUUUUCCUAGUUUGCAAGAAGAAGAUAAAACUAAUAAAGAUGACUCCGAGAAAGAAAAAGAGAAAGAUAAAAAUAAAGAAAAAGAUAAAAACAGUGAGAAAAACAAGAUCAGAAUGUUAUCAAAAGAUUGCAGUCAAGAGUAUACAGACUCAACGGGGAUAGAUUUGCAUGAGUUUCUCAUUAACACAUUAAAGAAUAACCCCAGGGACAGGAUGAUACUCUUGAAAAUGGAGCAGGAAAUUAUUGAUUUUAUUAGUGACAACAAUAAUCACUAUAAAAAGUUUCCUCAGAUGUCUUCAUAUCAGAGGAUGCUGGUACACAGAGUGGCAGCUUACUUUGGGAUGGAUCACAAUGUGGAUCAAACUGGGAAAUCUGUAAUUAUCAACAAGACCAGCAAUACCAGAAUACCAGAGCAAAGGUUUUCUGAACAUUUAAAAGAUGAAAAAGGUGAAGAAUCCCAGAAGCGAUUUAUCUUGAAGCGAGAUAACUCUAGUAUUGAUAAAGAAGACAAUCAGCAAAACAGAAUUCUUCCAUUUAGAGAUGACAGACGAAGUAAAUCAAUUGAAGAGAGAGAAGAGGAGUAUCAGAGAGUGAGGGAGAGAAUAUUUGCACAAGAUUCAGUUUGCUCCCAGGAAAACCUUUUUGUGGAAAACAGUAGGCUCUUGGAAGACAGUAGUAUAUGCAAUGAUACCCAUAAGAAAAGACAGCUGUUUAGGGGGAACAGAGAUAGCACAGGGAAGGCAUCUGGCAGUCGGCAGAGCAGCACGGAGAAUGAAUUGAAAUGGACAGACCACCAGAGGCCAUGGAGCAGCACCGACUCGGACAGUUCAAAUCGAAAUUUGAAGCCAGCCAUAACAAAGACAGCAAGUUUUGGUGGCAUAACCGUCCUGACAAGAGGAGAUAGCUCAUCAAGUAACAGAAGUACCGGCAAACUGUCUAAAACAGGUAGCUCAGAGUCUUCCAGCAGUGCUGGCUCCUCAGGAUCCCUGUCACGAAUACAUCAGCCUCUCCAAAGUGCACCUCUUGUCCCCGGGUUGACUGCCAGCAAUUCGGGCAGCGUGUCCUACCCUGAGAACGGGAUGAGUGGCCAGGUGGCUCCCAGCAACACCAGCUAUAUCAUUCUUCCACUUGAAGCUGCAGGGAUACCUCCUGGCAGUAUCCUGCUCAACCCACACACAGGUCAACCCUUUAUAAAUCCUGAUGGGACACCGGCAAUAUACAAUCCUCCCAGCAGCCAGCCGACAAUGAGGAGCCAGAUGGUGGGACAGUCUCAGCAACAGCCUUCAUCCCAGCAGCCUCAGCAGGUUCAACAGCCUCAGCAGCAAAUGGCAAGUCACCUUGUUACACAGCCUGUUCAGGCAAUGCAGCCAUCUUCUCAGUCAGUCCAAUAUCCAGCAGUUUCUUAUCCUCCCCAGCACCUCCUGCCAGUCUCUCCAACGCAGCAGUUUUCUGUGCGUGAUGACAUGACCACCCAGUUUAACCAGAUGAGCUUAAGUCGUCAGUCAUCUGGAGACAACCCCGAAUCGCCUUCAGGUCCUGUCUACCCGUCACCCAUUCUACAGCAGCCUGCCCAGCAGACGGGUUACAUCAUGGCUUCCCCAACUCAACAGCUUCCCCCAGGAGGCUUUACAGGUUCAGGUCCACCAGUGUCCCAGCAAGUGCUGCAGCCUCCACCGCCACCCCAGGGCUUUGUGCAACAGCCACCACCACCUGCUCAGAUGCCAGUGUAUUAUUACCCAUCUGGUCAGUACCCUACCUCAACAACUCAGCAGUACAGACCCAUUGCCUCAGUUCAGUACAAUGCACAGCGGAGUCAACAAAUCCCACAGACUGCACAGCAAGCAGGUUACCAGCCUGUCCUGCCGAACCAGCAGCAAGGGUUCCAGGGCCUCAUGGGAAUGCAGCAGCCUCCCCAAAGCCAGAGCCUGAUGAAUAAUCAACAGGGAAACCAGGUGCAAGGCAUGAUGGUGCAGUAUCCAGCCAUGUCGUCUUAUCAGGUGCCAAUGACCCAGGGUUCUCAAGGACUGCCACAACAAUCAUACCAACAACCAAUCAUGCUACCUAAUCAAUCAGGUCAAGGAACACUUACAGCCACUGGAAUGCCUGUUUACUGUAAUGUCAUACCUCCUGCCCCACAGAACAACCUACGGUUGAUUGCCCCACACUGCCCCUCCAAUAACGUUCCAGUUAUUUCUGCCAGCUGCAGGACAAACUGUGCGAGCAUUAACAAUGCAGGGUGGCAGGUCAAGUACUGACGCUGUGGCCUAGCGUGGAUAUACAAGGAUAGCGGUGCAUUAUUUGACAAAUAUCUCAUGGCCUUCAAAUGAAGAGGAACACAAGAGAAUGAUCAGUUGAGGACAUAAGUACUGACUAUGCUCAAGUGAUUUGCUGCUGGAAAAAUCUGUAAAAAAAUAAAAUAAAAUUUUGAAAAAAAAAAAUGUUUGCUGGUUAAUGGUGCAUAUUUUUGUCAUGUCUGCUAGGUAUGCCUUUAUAGCUUAGCUAGUGACAUGAAUUCAUUGAGGUAAGAUUUUUUCCUACCACUGAACACCACUGUGUAGAUUGUAAUAUCCCCGAUUUGGAUUAGUUUUGUACUUUGUGUUGAGUUUGUGAAGCUAAAAGUAUUUAAAAAAAUAUAAUAAAAUCACAUUGUACCAAAGCUGUAAUGGAGAUGAAAAAAAACGAAAACAAGAAUUACUGAAUGGAAGGAAUAAUUUAUAUACACUAUAGAGUUUUUUUUAUGGAUAUAUACUGUAUUGUAGUGUUUAAUCACAAUAAAGCUAUUUGACCUCAUGGAGAAAGGUCAUCUUUCUACCAC